ACUUUCAGUAAGCUGAAUCAAAUGAACGAUCAUCAUGUCGAUGUGGGUAAAACUGAAAUUUAUGACGACAUGCGCCACGAUAUUGGUGAGCUGAAGCAUACGAUGCUCUCGAUGAAAGAGAAAAUCAUGAUUUGGGAACAAAAGGCCAAUACACCUGGGUAUGGGGUAGAGACACGUCAACAAAUUGGCGAGCUUAAAGAUGUAGUGUAUAACUUACAAGAGGUGAUCAUGAAGCACAUAGUGCGUCCAGAUCAAUUGGCCGCUGCAAAUGGGCUUGAUUCAAGUGACGGCCCAUCAAUAGAGUUUUUGGGCGUGAAGGAGAGGGCCCUAAAAAAGGGUAGAAAAGAUCAAGUAAUAAAAGAAAAAGAGGCCACGGGUUCACCUUCUACUGAACACAGUUUGCCAAUCUUAGAAAGUCAAAGAGGAAGAGGCCGAGUAGGAGCAAGAGGUCGUCGUGGAAGAGGUCGGUGGCAAAAUAAAUCUAGCCUUAUGCAUGCUACUACUCAAUCGGUCGACAUGGGGGAUAUGUCAUCAUGCAACGAUGACUAUGUUGCUCCACUUACUCGAUCAGAAGAGGAGAGAAGGCCUGCUCCAUGCGUUCGUUCACCUUAUUUUGCUGAUGGCGUCAAAAAAGUCCAAAAGGUGAACCAAGUCCAAACCACCAGCAUGCCUACUGAUGAUGAUGGGGAUGCCGCAGUUAAAAAUGUAAACCAAGUCCAAAACUAAUAACAUUAUUUGUCCGAGGUCUUCUUAUAAUUGGGCUAAUUCGAAGUCAUUUAACAACCGUUGUGUUUGUAACCUUUUGGCAGGUGGGUAAAUUUUUGGAUAAUCUUUUUGGACCAUCGAAUGAAAAAAUUAUU